AUGAUUGAGGAAGUGAAUCAUGUUCGACAGAAGGUGGCCAACUUAAUGGGCGAAGACAGGCUGGAAAGAAAAUUUCUCGUUCCCAACCCGACAGUGGCGUCCUUGUACUGCCUACCGAAGAUUCACAAGAAUCCGGUGGGCAUGCGUCCAAUCUCGUCAAACAUCCGUACCCCCACGGAAAAAAUGGCAACAUGGCUGGUAGAAGAGCUGAAAAAAUACCCUGUGAAGCAUGGAAAAGGCGUUAAAAAUUCGGUGGAUUUGGCAGAGCAACUAAAGGAGCUCAAACUACGGAGAGGUGAAAUAUUGGUGUCGUUCGAUGUAGUCGCUUUAUUCCCGAGCGUACCAGUUACAGAAGCACUGCAAAGCCUACGCCGACAUUUAGAACGAUGUCGUGUGCCGCGCAAUCACAUCGAGGCUUAUCUCUCCGUUGCACAGGUGUGUAUGGACCAAAAUUUUUUCAGCUUCCGGGGAAAGUUCUAUAAGCAGACCUUCGGUCUAAGUAUGGGCAGUAAACUUUCACCACUAUUAGCAAAUUUGUUCAUGAGCGAUCUGGAAAAUAAAGCCCAAAAAGAGAAGCUAUUCCCUCGAGUGUGGUGGCGCUACGUGGACGACGUUUUUGCUCCGGUGAAGGAACGUUACGUAGACCAGACACUGGCCAUGCUUAACUCGCAAUAUGAAACAAUAAAAUUCACGGUUGAGAAGGAAGUAGAGGGGAAAUUGCCUUUCCUCGAUCUGUUGAUUACCAAAAAUGAGGACAACUCCUUGAAAUUUGGUAUUUAUCGUAAGCCAACGAGCACAGAUCGCUACAUUACAUCCGAUUCUAAUCAUUUUGGUGCCCAGAAGCAGGCUGCCUUCCAUUCGAUGGCACACCGGCUUUAUAAUGUGCCGAUGGAAAGCGUAGAAUUCAAAGAAGAGCAAGAACGAAUUUACGCUGCGGCCGAAGUUAAUGGGUAUGGUAGAACGUUUGUGGAGAAAAUUCUACAAAAACAUAAGCGAAAAAAGCACCGCCAAAACAUAACGACGUUGGAGCCAGGAGCCGAAGAAACCAAAAGAAUCAGUUUACCGUUCUACCCCAAAGUGACCAACCAAAUAAAAACAACACUUCGACAACAUGGAUUGCACGUAGUACAUAGAAGCGAUAAUACGUUACGUGAACUACUCUGCAAUCUAAAGGAUAAAGUACCCCCAGAUGAGCAGUCAGGGAUUUAUCAGAUCCCAUGCCGAGACUGCUCCGCAGUCUACAUAGGUCAAACGCGCCGGAAGAUAAAAACAAGAAUAAAAGAACACAAGAAUGCCGUAGACGCAAACAAACCCAACGAAUCCAGCGUCGCGGUUCAUACCUCGAACAACAACCACAACAUAAAUUGGGAAGAAGCAAAACUGAUAAAAAGCGUUCAAAAGAUUUCACAUUUGAAUGCGUGGGAGUCCAUGAUCAUCACAAACAGCAAAGAGCCAUUGAUGAAUGAGGAUGAUCCCCCAAUCGUAUCGUGCCUCUUCGGCCUAACUGACCUGACAAUACAGUAG